AUACUGACUCCCCCACGCAGCAGCAUUGAAUUGUGCGUAGAUCCAGGAACCACCUAGCAGUCAAGGAGCACAGGUAGUAGCUAGGAUAGGAUGGUGAACCUGGUGGAGGCGCAGAAGCCGCUGCUCCACUUCCUGAUCAAGUGGGCCGGCCUCCGGCAGCACACCGUCGACGUGGACGGCGCCGGCACGGUGCUCACCUUCUGGGUGCCCAAGGACAAGGUGCCCGGGAACAGCUCCACGGUCACGCCCGAGGAGAAGCAGAGCGAGACGAAAGCCAACUCCCGGCGGCCAUCCGUGGUGCUCGUGCACGGCUUCGCGGCCGAAGGCAUUGUCACCUGGCAGUUCCAGGUUGGUGCGCUGGCGAAGCACUACGACGUGUACAUCCCGGACCUGCUCUACUUCGGCGGCUCCACGUCGCCGUCGACGGACCGGUCGCCGGGGUUCCAGGCGGAGUGCCUGGCCGCCGCGCUCGGGAAGCUGGGCGUGGACGAGUGCACGGUGGUGGGGUUCAGCUACGGCGGGAUGGUGGCCUUCAAGAUGGCCGAGUCGCGCCCCGACCUCGUCCGCUCGCUCGUCGUGUCGGGCUCCGUCGUCGCCAUGACCGACUCAAUCAGCGACGCCACGCUCGAGCGGAUCGGCGUCCGGUCGUCGGCGGAGCUGCUGCUGCCGGAGUCCGUCAAGGGGCUCAAGGCGCUGCUCUCCAUCGCCGCCCACCGGAGGCUCUGGUUCCCGGAACGCCUUCACAGGGACUUCCUGGAGGUGAUGUUCACCAACCGCAAGGAAAGGGCGGAGCUGCUGGAAGGUCUGGUGGUCAGCAACAAAGACGCCACCGUCCCCGUUUUGCCGCAGAAAAUACUCCUGCUCUGGGGACACAACGACAACAUCUUCAACAUAGAGCUCGCCAAGACGAUGAAAGAGCAGCUCGGGGAGAAGACGAUGCUGCAGAGCAUAGACAAGGCCGGACAUCUCGUGCACCUGGAGAGGCCCUGCGUUUACAACCAGCACCUCAUGGAGUUCUUGGCAUACGCCACUGCUGAAGCUUCCAAGGAGUCUGCAAAUUAAUUAGUAGAUCGAUCGAUCAUUCUGGAGAGUGCUUAAUUAAUUUGUUCACAGAGAAUUGGGGUCCCAUUUGUUGCAGUUUGAUUGAUUGUUUGCCCGUGUACAAGAUAUUAUGAGUGUACGUGAUGCAUAAUACCAUGGAGGGAGCCAGCACCGCGCAAUUUGCCUA